CCGUCCGAUGGGUCGACGAGUCGUAUACGUGAUGUUAACAUUUUGUGGAUUAUUGGCCGCUGGCCUGGCCGGCUGGUUGAUCAUCUCCAUGAAUGCUACAGUCGAGGCAGCGACUCCAAUGUCAACGGUGACUGUCCAGCUGUCCGGCGAUCAGGGCACUGUCCGUGGCAAUUAUGGACAAACUGCGUGGUCAGGUCAAAGUUUUAUGCAAUUCCGAGGUAUUCCUUACGCUGAGGCACCCGUUAAAUCGCUGCGGUUUCAAGCACCUGUUGAUCGUUUGCCCUGGAAUGGAAUACACGAUGCUUUGGACUUUGGACAACGUUGCCCGGUGAUAACCAAUUUGAAUGCGCAAAUGUCUGAUGAUCAGCUCGAGGAUUGCCUUAACUUAUGUGUAUACACCAAAAAUUUAACGGCACGUCAGCCUGUGAUGUUUUAUGUCUAUGGAGGCGGUUAUUACAAUGGAUCCUCCGAAGAUCAUCCGCCCAAUUAUCUGCUGGAACGUAAUGUCGUCCUGGUAGUGCCACAUUAUCGCGUCGGAGCUUUGGGUUGGCUGACGACAUUAAGUAAGGAUUUACCAGGGAAUGCGCCAAUUGCAGAUAUACUUUUGGCUUUGAACUGGGUGCAACGCCACAUCCAACAAUUUGGCGGUGAUCCUACUCAGGUAACCAUCUUUGGUCAAAGUGCAGGAGCAGGUGUUACAAGCGCUUUGCUGUUGAGUCCACGCACCAGUGAGAAUCACUUUCAACGUGCUAUUGUGCAGUCGGGAUCGAUAUUUGCUCCCUGGGCUAUUACAAAGGAUCCAGCUGAGCAGGCUCGCAGGAUUUGCAGUCAAUUGGGUUGCCAGCAGUGUGAGCAGGAGACUGAACUGCUGAGCUGUGUCCAAGGAGCAACGGUGUUGCAACUGUUGCGAGCGACACAAGAAGAAAGCUUCUCGCCGGUUGUGGGAGAUGUGCUGGGAAUCUUACCAGAACAUCCUCAGGAGUUGCUCAAUAAUUAUCAGCGUGGUGUACCGAUCAUGACGGGAUUCACACAGCACGACGGAUCUUUUGUGUUGGCCACUUAUUAUGACAUCCUGUUGAGUAAAGUGUCCAAUGUUAGCGCUUUGAGUGUCCGUCAGUUUACCCAGGGAUUAAUGGACAUGGCUAAGGAUACGACGGGUUUGUCGGAUCAUUUGCUCUACCGUCUGCUCUACACUCCACAGUUAUUGAAUAGCCACGCCCACAGUGACGCACUGCCCGCCUACUUUGAUCUCACCACGACGAUAUAUAUGAAGUCACCCGUCAUCAGUUUGGCCACUAAAUUGCACACACGUCAACCCACGACUCCCGUCUAUGUCUAUAGCUUUGAGUACGAGGGACAAAAUACACGUUUUGGCUAUGAAUUGGACAAUUCACAUUAUCCCUUCAAUGGCGGAGUUCAUCAUUCCAAUGAUAAUAUCUAUUUGUUUGCCACACAUCCACUGCAGGGCGAGGACACGUUGAUGGCUCAUCACAUGGUCGAUUUGUGGACAUCCUUUGCCAUUACUGGAGUGCCCAGUGGUCUCAGUCCCCUUUCUACUGCCAGCGGUCCCUACAAUAGUCUGGGAUUGCAAGUAACCAAGUCAGAAAACUUGCUGGAGACUCUCACAGCUACUAUCGAUGAUCCGGAUAAUGAGCGUUUACAGCGACACAAUUUGGACUUUUAAAACAGAAAUUAUUUCAUGGGGAGAUACUUCUUAUAGCGACUAUUUCCGAUUCUUUUCCUUGUGUAUAUAUUUAUAGAUAACAGAUUCAUUAAAUAGAUAGAUAGAUUAAAUAGAUAAA